AUGAGUAUAAUACAACGUGCUUUUUUGUUGAUUUUAUGUGCCUUGAAUAUACAACAUGGACAGAAAUGCAGACUCAACACUCGAAAGCAUUUUGGAGAACCUUUACCCGUUAUAGUUAGGGACAAUAAACUUUUAGAGCCAACUGAUAAAUUUGGGAACAUCGACAUGAAUUAUGGCGACAUUCUGACAUUAAGUUGUGAGGGAACAGGGAAUAUACUCCACCCUAACGCAAAGCAUGAACUGCCUGUGGCUACAAUCAGCUGUGAAGGGGGAGCCAUGUUCAAAAACGAGGUCUGGCUAAACUCUCCAGCAAAUUUCUCUCUUUUCAAAUGCAAUUACCCUCCAAGAUAUGUCAGCAAACGAACAGAACGCUUGUGUUAUGAUGGUUACCCUAUCAUAGAAGUUGGUUACACUGUCAGGAACGACUUUUAUCCUCUAUAUGAAUCCUGUUUCAAUGAAGCUGGUUUUAGUGCUAUCUACUCGAAGUACACGCAGAAACCUUACAACGCUUUGUACCAAACUAAAAUUGUUCGUCCUUUUUUUAUCGCGGAUAACAACUUUGGGUACAUUCCUGUUGACUUCUUGUUUUCGCCCGCUGGUCAGAAAGGGGCUGUGGCUCAGCUCGUAGGAUCUGCUAUCGAUAACUACGUCACUAAGACAGAGUUCCUUUCAAGAGGACAUUUGGCGGCAAAAACUGACUUUCCUCUAGCGUUUGGAGAGCGUGCAACGUUUCACUACGUAAACUGCGCUCCUCAAUGGGUCGGUUUCAAUGGCGGGAAUUGGAAUACUCUAGAAGUUGAUCUGAGGAACCACAUCCACAUAGCUGGGUACAAUACUAUCAUCUACACAGGAACUUUUGGUCUGGCGCAGCUUAAUAAUGAGGUGGGACGAAGAGUUGAUCUGUAUUUAUACAAUGAUGAGAACAAUAACCCGGUGAUACCCGUCCCUCUGUUUUUCUAUAAAGUUGUUUAUGAACCUACGCGUAAAUGUGGAAUAGCCUUUGUUGGUAUCAAUAAUCCUUACUAUACGGUAGAAGAAGCUCGUCAGAUGUUCUUUUGUAAAGACUUGUGUAGGGCUGAUCGUGCAUUCCCUUGGUUGUCCUGGCAUCCUGAUAACAACAAUGAAGGGUACACUUUCUGCUGUACUGUUUCAGACUUCAGAAAGACUGUCCCACAUUUACCUCCUUUUGAAGUCGAUUGUCUUUUGACGUGA